CACAACCCGCAAUCAUUAUCUCUCUGUCUGAUCAUUAAUAUAAGAACGCGACAGUUUUUCGGUCAACGCCUUUUGUCUCCGGCUCUUCUUGGAGAUACACGCACAACAACAAAAAAACCCACAAAAAACCCUCCACACACACCACAUGGCUGCCUUCUUCCUGCUUCUCGUGGGAGCUCUGAUGGCGACAUUUUCCUCCAUCAACUCGCAGACCAGCGCUGGUUACGCCAUGUACGUCUGGACACGAGGGUUCGACCACACCGUCUCGGGCUGCGAUCUCACAAAGUUCCUUCAAUGGCAGACGUCGGACCACAAUUGCUUUACGCACACGUGGGACACGGCGGGCAGACGACAGUGGCUGUGGGACACGUGCAAUUUGGCGGGAAGGGAGGUUUCGAGGAUAUUUCUUUCCGACGUCCACAACAAGCUGAAGCAAGCGUUCCAGGCGAAGAGCUGUGCGGGCAGCGAGGUCCAGCUGGUCAAGACGGCCGUGGCUGAAGGUCACCAGCAGGUGACGGAUCUGAAAAUCUACGCGCUGUUCGCGGUCAGUGACCUGGCGGUAACGGAAGCGGAGCUGGUGAAACAAGUGGUGUGGUACAACGAUAACUGUGCCGGUUCUGACGGUGAACGAUUUGAUGGCGUUGCCGCGAACAACGAAGCGUAUGCACAUAUUAAGAACGCUGACGUGGCGACACGAGUGGCCUACCUCGACAAGCUUGACGCCAUCGCGGUGAACGCAGCGACGCAGCAGCAAGGUCAGCUUGUGACGCACUACUCCAUGAGCUGGCACUGGGGGAUUCGCAGUGACGGCCAGAAUGACUUCACGUGGCGCGGCAAAACACAAGACGCAACGCGUCAUAUGAUUGACAUCUUCGACAGUACAGAUGUUCAAGUUGCCUUCACCGUCUACCCUGCAAUAUCGGAUCGUAUGAACCAGGCGGGUUACGCCCACGCAGUAUACUCCAAUAAACCAAUAUUUACAACAUUUUACACCAACAAGGCGGUGCCCUGCCAGACGUCGUUCUUUCCGGAAAGCUGUACCUCGUGGCACGUCGGAACGGAGGCCGCCAUGUUUGGGGCUAUCGACCAGUUCGGCCAGAAGGGAAUUCCAUUGGCUAAGCCUUGCAUCCACUACUUCCGGGGCGUGUACUCAUCCGGAGUGCAUCCUGAUUGGCCAUCUCACUAGAACCAAUCAGACGUCGUGUUCCCCGUGAGAUGUAUCAUGAUUAAUUCUUACUAACUGAACAUGACAUAACUGUUAUACUCAACACAAUUCAUUUAGGGUCUAAACAAGUGGGGGUUUUGGUCUGUCAUUUUUGUUCUUGCGUUAUAACAUGUUAGCAAUUAUUUAUCACAGAUUAAGGAAGGAACUGUUUUAUUUAACGACGCACUCAAAACGACACAUUCAACUGUUACCCGAAUUAAACGGAAAUGCUCGAAUCUGAAUAACAAUAUUUAUUCAUAUUAGUAUUAGUCCUAAACGGCCACACAGGGUCGCUAACUAAUCACUUCAAGUUUGUACAUGGAUUACAACUAAUUCUGUGGGUAUAAUGAUGGAGAUACAUGGUAAAAAGGUUUUAGGCAAGAUCAUUUUGCUAGAAUAUCUCUUGCAUGUUUGUCCCAUUUGAGGAUUUGCUGCAGCCCUGAGGGAGGGGGGGGGGGGGGCAGUUGUCCGCCCUGCCCCAUGUCUCUUACGCUUAUGUUUGAGUAAUUUUCAAAAUAUGAGCUUUCUGUGUUUUGUAAAAUCAAAGAGAAAUGUAUUUUGUACUGUAAAGAAACAUAAGCAUAUCUACAGGGCCAGGGGUCGGGAUUUGCUGUCGUUUGAGUGCUCGUCUGGUGUGCUUGCGUCGCAGGAUCGAUUCACCUCAGUGGAUCCAUUCAACUGAUUGCUUUUUUCUCUCGUUCCAACCAGCGGACCACAACUGUGGUCAAAGGCCGUGGUGUGUGCUUUCUUGUCUUUGGGA